AUGCGGCCUCCGUGGCACGGAUGUAAUGAAGACCAGAUUUACAAGGGCAAUAGUUUUGCUCGCCCACAGGGUGUCCAUCUUCAGCUCUGGGACACGGCCGGGCAGGAAAAGUUUCGUAGUUUAACCACUGCAUUUUAUCGGGAUGCCAUGGGUUUCCUGCUACUGUUUGAUUUGACUAAUGAGCAGUCAUUCCUCAAUAUUAGAAGUUGGCUGGAGCAGCUAAAGACUCAUGCAUACUGUGACAAUCCUGACAUAAUCCUGUGUGGAAACAAAGUGGAUUUAGCAGAUCAAAGAAUGAUUUCUGAACAGCGGGCCAGAGAUGUUGCUGAGAAGUUUGGCCUCCAGUACAUUGAAACUUCAGCUGCUUCAGGCCAAAAUGUAGAAACUGCUGUAAUCCAUCUUCUUGAUGCUGUGAUGAAGAGAAUGGAAAUGGCAGUGGAUUCAAGUCGUCUUCCAGGCAGAAGGGGUCGUGCUAGAACAUUGCAGCAGCAGGAGGACGAUGAAGCGGAAGAGACAGAGGGACGCUGUUCGUGUUAAAUGAUGGCCGGAUCACCCCAAGCUUUAGAUGUACUGUUGACAGUCUAUACUAGUCAUUUCCAAAAUAGAAUAUGUUUUUUUUUCAAGAGACAGCUUACUGGUAAAAUGUUUGCUCAUCCUUAGAAAAAGAAAUGAAAAGGGCCAGCUUUUCCCUUCAUGGGACCCUAAGCAGAAUGUAACCAGGGCUUAUCAGCUAGGCACACCUAAAACUUUUGACUAUUGUAUUUGAAUGUACAGCUAAAAUGUAAAACUGACUGCCCAGAAAUCCCAUUUAGAGUGGGGGCAGAUGGUUAUAUUUUCCAUAGUCAGUUGUCAUAAAAUUACAUUUUUGUAUGUUUACCACUGACAAAUAUUGAAAAAUGGUAAGCACGCUUGGGAGUACCCUUGUGGCCAUGAAGGCUGUAAGCUGCCAUGUAGUUCACCUGUAACUUGAACCGAGCCAGAGUAUACAUAUAUCUGAAUAUAUAUAUAGAUAUAUGCCUGUAUGUGAUUGCUUGUGUAUAUGUAUACAGUAGAUCCUUCUAUAAUAUACACUUAAGCAACAUGUAUUGGACCAAUGCAGAACCUAUAGUGUAACACAUUAAUCUGUAUUGUGCAAGGUUACACCCUGACACAGACUGAUGGAUAACAGCUAACAUACUACAAAGUCAGAUCUUAUGCCAUAUUAUACCAUUCAAGCAAUCACACUGCCUAUUACCACAAAUCUACCCUUUGUGACUGCCAAGUGUUGAGUGGCACAAAGAUUGGGUGGGUUGAUUUCUUUUUCUCUGAGCUGUUUGCUUUUACCAUUAGAGUUGUUUAACCAAUUUAAUUUUGAUAAAAGUGCUUUGAUUAAAAGCAGUUGAUUAACUUUCACACAAGUAACAUCAAAGAUAUGUUAAAAGUUGUUACGAACUGUUCACAGUAGGUGGCAUCAAUUCAUCGUGUGAAGUAAGGAGCCCAUAUGCCAAGUGGAAAAUGCCCUUGUGUGGUGGCAUUUGCUCUGUACUUUGUGAACCUCUUUGUGAAGUACAUCUUUCUAAAGAAGGGUCAAUCACUCUAGUCUUUUUUUUU